CAAAUAUGUCCACCGAAGAAGAAACCCAAAUCCUUACUCAAGAGAAGCAAAACUUGGUCACACUUUACGAACAAAUGAGAGGCAGUGUAAAGGGAGUUUAUAUGACCAACACUGGACAGGUUAAUUAUAAACUAGAGGGAGAUUUAAAUAAAGGAAGGAAAGCCUUAAAGCCGAAAAUAUGUUUGAGAUCAAGAAACUCCUUAUCCUUGUGGCCCUUGGCUUACACGAUGCCCCGAAGAUUGAUUGAAAUGAUGCAGCUAAUUGAUUUUGUGUUGUUGUAUGAUUCUAUGCUACUGUUUGUUGGUCUCACAAAGCCUCUCCCCAUGAGAUUUUUCAAACAAGUAGUUCCCAAAAUGUGUCAGAAUACAACAAGGGAGCUUUCUAUUUUCGAACUAAUUCUGACUGAAAAACAAUUCGUCAUACUCUGUAGAAAUUGCUUUAGGACAAGAGAUAUCAUCUUGAGAAGCUGUACAAUACCUGAAAUAAAACAUAAGCACAAGAUGAGGCCUUCCUCUUUACCAAAGCUUAUCUCAUUCUCGGAUUGAAAAGACUCAGGAGGUAACGACGAAUGGAAAGAAGAAGUUAUUCUUAGUUUGCUAGAAUUUUUAUUCGAACCACAAAUCUUUCCUUCUCUCAAACACCUAUGGAUAGAGGGAGGUCCAAAAACGCUAGAGUAUGCCAAAGAGUACAAGGAAUGCCGUGGUUUGUCUCCAGUCAAGUUCAGUAAUGCAGAUGAGAUGUCCUCUUACACACAUUACUCGUGCAGCUACCCAGAUAACGAAGCAUUAUUUUCAGACAGAAUCCAUGAAUCCUGGUUGAACUAAAAUCCCA